UUUUUUUUUCCGUUUGGCACUUAGGCUCGGAGUUGUUUCCUGCCUUUGAAGUAGUGGUGGCGGCUUCUUGCUGUUUGAAUCCGAGUCGCAUUUCUAUCUUGUCUGGUGGAUGGUCGUGUUUCUGUGUGGUAUUUUGCGUUGCAUCGCGUGGGCUUGUGUUGUAUUGUAUUCAUUUAUUGCAUGCACGACGUGUGAAGUGUCGGUAUUGGAAAGGUUGCUUUUUAGCUGUGUCUCCGUCCAACGCAUUACUUGGCAGCAGCUUUCUGGGGGUUUGUUUUGUUCCCCGACCUCUACCCGUUUCUGUUCAAGUACGGCCGUUUAAUGGUAUUCAUCCCUAAUUCCCGGUCAUUCGUCCUGAAAUAAUAUAGACGGUAGUUGCGGUUCUCAUCUG